AUGGAGCGGGGCUCCGGAGGCAAGCUGCUGCUGCUGCUGCUGUUACUGUGGGCGACCUGCUGCAGACAUGCGUGCGCAGACGGACCCAGCGGCUACACGUUGGUCAUUGAAGUGACCAACGGGGGUCCCUGGGGCGACUGGGCCUGGCCUGAGAUGUGUCCGAACGGAUUCUUCGCCAGCGGGUUCUCGCUCAAGGUGGAGCCCCCCCAAGGCAUUCCUGGUGACGACACGGCUCUGAAUGGGAUUCGGCUGCACUGCGCGCGGGGGAACGCUGAGCGCAACACGCACGUGGUGGAAUCCCAGUCUGGAAGGUGGGGCGCGUGGACUGAGCCGCUGUGGUGUCCCGGCGGCGGCUUCCUAGUGGCUUUCUCGCUUCGCGUGGAGGCACCCAUGACCCCCGGAGACAACACGGCGGCGAACAACGUACGCUUCCGCUGCUCAGACGGCGCGGAGCUGGAGGGGCCUGGCCUGGGCUGGGGAGACUUUGGAGACUGGAGCGACGAGUGCCCCAAAGGCGCGUGCGGCUUGCAGACCAAGAUCGAGCGGCCCAGAGGCCUCCGCGACGACACUGCGCUUAACGACGCGCGCCUAUUCUGCUGCCGCAGCUGA